UGCCGAACUAUACGUCUUUUGCAUUUGCAGCUUCAGACUCUUUGCCCGGCCCCACUGCGCUCGCUGCCUAGUACGUGAAGAAACCUUUCACCGUUUCUUCCUCGCCAGAGAGCCUUUUACUGCGCCGCUUGCUGUCCGUGACUUGUGUCGUCGUCGAGGUAUCACCGCUCUGGCACGUCUGCUAUUCCCGCCUGCAGCCUGCUACCCAACACCCACCACACGCCUCUCCUUGACUACUAGCUCAAACCUUUUUGCUCCAGCCUGCAGAUAAACAGACACACAGACAGAUACAAAGACAGAUAAACCCCAUCUAUCCAUCUCGGCCACGACACCUGCCGCCUACACCGCUCACCCUUCCACCCAACGCCUCGCUUCCACCACCCGCCGCCGUCGUCAUAUAUUGGUCGCUACAUGGUCCGUAGGACAGCAACGCUGUGUUACCGGGCUGGCUAUGAGUCUGGAUCAGCAUACAUAUGCAUCGACCGACUGGCCUCUACCAAGUCCAUCCUCAACACCAAAGUCGCUGACCUUCCCGGACGCUCCCCUCAAGACCCCAAUCACUGAUACGGCUCCUCACUCGCACUUCCUCGACGCCUGGGCAACCCCGCUACCCAAUGCCCAGCACACCCCUGUUCAAGCGCCCCUGUUCGCUUUGUCGACGCCCAUAGACCGGCCGUCGAGCUCGUACAGCCAGCCCGUUCGCACCCCCGAAGACCCCGAGUUCCAUGUCAACCACUUUGCUCCUCAGAAUCUGCCUCUGCCGCCAGUCGACGUCUCGCGCAGACUGGCCUCCUCGCCUGAUCUCGGCCAGCUGAAGAACGCCGCCGCCGGCCCACGAGGGCCACCGCAAGAUCAUCGUGGGGUAUCUCGGCCCAUCACCAUGGACUUUUCGCAAAUGCAAACACCGCCCCCGACAAGGGAUGACUCGUCUAGGCAGAGUCUACAACAGAGUGCUGGGAAUGGAGUGGCCACACCGGCUACGGUCAUACAUAGGACCCCUAGCCAGAUGCCGCCGUCAGAAGCGCUCUUCGACCAGACUCCAUUUGGUUUUGGCAGUCUGCAGUACACGCCAGAUAUGAUGCAGUUUCCUAGCAACGGGCACAUGACAGCGCCACCCAUGCCGCAAUCACGGCUGUUCUGGGAUCCGGCGAAUGAUGGCAUGCACAUGGAUCUUGAUUUACCCAUGGGCGUAGAUGGAUUUGCCCCCACGCCACAGAGAAUGGAUCAGGGCAUGAACUGGCAAAGCAUGCACAAUGCCGCCAACAUUAUGCAGACGCCUGGCUUCCAGAGUUUCCAGGCUUCGCCCGGACCAAUGACGUUUGCAAAUUGCCACAUGGAUCAGGGGCAAAUGUCACGGCAGGGCUCGUUUGCAUCUGCAACUACUGGCGUAGAUCCCAGUAUGCUCUUUAGUUUCUCUAAUCCCGACAUGACUGCUUCUUUCGGUGCUAUGCCCCAACUAUCCAACGUGGACUUGAGUUCAAGACUGCCGUAUGAGACGCAGUUGCGAGAUGCACAGGCUGAAAGGGAGAUGGCGAAAAAGGCAAGGGGUCAGCAUUCUCGCAGUAAUACAAAUUCUUCCUCUGGCUCAAUAGACGACGUGAGGCCUGCACUUCAUCGUAGUAAUACCGAUGGUGGAGUAAGGACAUUGAGAGCGCCUCUUAUGGAACCUUGGACGGCCAUUCCAACUAAUACCUCGAACAUACCACGGCGCCCCUCACCUCUCAAGCGUCAAAGCGGCGGUUCGCUCAAGUCUAUCCCAGAGAUACGACGGCCACGGACACGCCUUAUCAUUGACGAGACGGGUCGGGCUCGUACAGAAACUGUACUUGCUGGGGAUGAGGACAAGACUCCAAAGGCUUUACGCCAAUCCUCUCAGCAGGACCUCCGGCGACAGUACCCCGGUCUGUACGAAGCAGAUGAUAGCGAGUCGGAAGAAGACGAGUCAGGCGCGGCGAUUAGUCGUAAAACAUCCUUCACCGUACCACAGCCUGAACGUCGAGCACCAAAAUACGCACGAGUGGAAAGCGAUAGCCAUGAAAGAAGCAACUCUCUCAAAAUGACACGAUCCACUUCACGCCCAGGCAUGACCUCAUUCGACAAGCCUUCGCUGGAGAAACUGCGGCUUGCUGGCAGAUCUGCUAGCGAUAAUUCCACAAGGCGAACCGGCAUCAUGGACCUUCCCCCUUCGACCAAGAAUUCCAGAGACAACCAAGACCACAUGCCCGACUCUCCUGGCAACGCUCUGGGCGCUCUGAAAAAGGUCGUUGGGGCGCGGCAGCAACGGAUUGAACGUGCCUCUCAGAACACGCUCAAGGCCCACAAUCAACGCUGGGCUGCUGCUGCUGCCUCUGCUGAACUUAAUAAUCCCGGACACCACGGCUACUACGAUCCUUACUCCAAUUCCUUGAACCGCUCAGUGACGACUACCCCCUCAACGGACCGAAGCAACUUUUCGAGCGAAAGCACGCGGUGUAUUUGCAAUGGUCUUGUCGAUGACGAUGAUAAACCUAUGGUGCAGUGCGAGUCUUGCAAUAUGUGGCUGCAUAUUAUAUGUGUGGGGUUAGACAAGGGGAGUUUGCCGCCAGUCUAUGUCUGCGUUUUUUGCACGGGGCAGACGCCGCUUGUGAGGGCUGGACGGUCGAGAGGACCGCCUGUACCGCUUGAUUCACCGCUUACACACAAGUCGGUGUUUAGAGGGUAAAUGUCCUGCACGCAAGAGAAGGGAACAGUUGGUUUUUGUUCGCCUGCCAGUAUCGCAGCAGCAUCUGCUCCCAGUUCGUUCCGAAGCAUCACCCUAGACCCUGCCCCUUAUCCGCAAAGCAAACUCACACAAUCUA